GGUCAAAAAUUUUGGCAAGGGUUCAAUAAAGCAAUGCUAACCCUACGCUUGCACGUUUGGCAAUGCAAAUAAAUGUUUGCCCUCUCGUUCUGCCGAGUACAACACAGUGCAGUAAGGUUAGGUAGGAUUUGCAUACCUGCGCUUCGCUGCCGGCUUUUGGUGAGUGUCAAGCAAAAUGCCCAAAAAAUUUUCGGUUGGGGGCAAACUACGAGGUUGCCUGUCUUGAGGAGUUUUUGAAAGACUUUUUGAUAAAUUUGGUUGUGAUUAAAAAUUCAAAAUUUAAUUCACAUGGAAGCGGCAAACAAUUGAUAAAUGGCCCCGUAAGAAGCGCGUUCGCGAUCAGUAUUGUGUGAACCGCCUGUGAGGCAGAGUUGUCGGGUUUUGUAACGAAGGUAUUUGGAGCUAUUUUUCUGGAACGAUUGACAGUAGCAGACCAUCAUGGUUAUGCGUAGUGCACCUUUGACGGGAUGGAAGAAUGUGAGCACUGGCUCUGAUGCUGAGAAGCAUAUGCCAAUCGCAAGGAUAUGCGUCCAGGUGCAGCAAGGUUCAAUCUACGGAGUUCGCGAUAGACUUCCAAAUGGUCAGAAUUACUACUACUUCAAGGGAGUACCGUACGCGAAGGCACCCGUUGGACAACUCCGCUUCAAGUCGCCAUUGCCUUUGGAGAAGUUUUCCGUCUCCUAUCUGGAUUGUACACGCGAGCGCAGCAACUGUCUCGGAUUGGAUGUACUGACGAAGGAGAUCAGUGGCUCAGAAGAUGGGUUGUUCCUAAACAUCUACACACCGAAACUUGGCAAACGAGAUGAUCCGGAACCGCUGCCGGUAAUGGUCUUCAUUCACGGUGGUGGACUUAUUGGAGGUCACGGUGACAGUUCGCUCUACCUUCCGAAUUACCUAGUGCAGGAAGGUGUGAUCGUUGUGACACUCAAUUAUCGGCUGGGUGUACUCGGUUUCCUCUGUUUGCCAGAUGCUGGCGUUGAGGGUAAUGCAGGUCUGAAGGAUCAGCGUGCGGCACUGCGCUGGAUAUCGGAGAACAUCGCCGUGUUUGGUGGUGAUCCAAACAAUGUGACACUUUUCGGCGCAAGCUCAGGAGCGAUUGCGGUCAACUUCCACUGCCUGUCGGCUGACUCCAAGCGCUACUUUCACAAGGCAAUUCUGCAGAGUGGUUCCAUCUACACGGAGUUUGCGUUCCAGGAGCAGCCAGAAGAGAAGGCUCGCCGAUUGGCGAAGUUGCUGGGUCAUACACCUGCCACGGAUGUGGAGGUGUACGAGAUACUGCGUAGUGCACCCGCUCGUAAGCUGUUUGAGUUGCAACCGUUAGUGCUGACCGAUCGUGAAAAGGCGGUAGAACGUUUAUUUCAGAUCCCUUUUCUACCGGUGAUCGAGAGAUCUGACUCUGUCGAUGCAUUGAUCACUCGCCAUCCGACGGAGAUUCUUAGUGAGCCUAACUCGAUGGACAUUCCGAUCAUACUCGGGUACAACGAGCGUGACGGUAUGAUGGUGUUGAUCGACGCCAUCAAAACUCUGGCCACGUACAACGCUGAACCGGAGCGUUUCAUUCCAAGAACGGUCGCGUUGGAUUACUUCUCACCUGAGGCUCGAGCUCUCGGCGAAGAGAUCCGAGCAUUCUAUUUCGGCGGACGCCCGGUCAGCCGGGACACGCUGAACCAACUGACGGACGUAUUCACUGACAAGUAUCUGCUCGCCUACCGGAUGACAGUGGAACUGUGGGCACGUCAUCAACGUCGUUCAAAGUUCUUUGGCUACCGGUUCGCGUUCGACGGACUGCUGAACAAAGGUAAAGCGAUCAUGUCCCUCGGCACUAUGAAAGGGGCGGCACACAUCGACGAGGUGUACUACCUUUUCAGCUCGCCACUGCUCCGUACGGAAGUGCCGGAAACGGAUCGUGCCUACGGGCUGCGGAAAACGAUGGUUCGUCUGUGGACUAACUUUGCCCGGUACAGUGAUCCAACACCAUCACAAUGCACUCCCGAUUCGUGUGUACCUUUCCGAUGGGAACCACAGCCAAACGUUGCGGAAACUCAAGACGUACCGCUAAUGUGUCUGAACAUCACCAACAACGGUAUCGCGAUGGCAGAAAUGCCCGAAAAGCGGCGGAUGAACUUUUGGGCAGGCAUUUUUCAGCGCUUCAACGGCAAACUGGCCGACGUCAAGCUGCCGUUGGUAAGUUCUUCCCUCAACAGUGCACCCGAUCUCAACAACAACACCCUGUAAUGAUGACGCAUAUGGCCCGCAUUCAACAUAGCCCGGAGGAUGGAUGGGAUUGGAAACAACGCAUCCGUUUUUGAAUGGUGUGCGGAGUGAAUGAAUUGUGUAGCAUUAAUAGCGUUACAAAGCGCUUCUAAAAGCGCUUCAAUGAGACUUCAAAACCCCGUACGGAAAGCGGAUCGAACUGCCGUGCAUUCUUGUGCACAUUGUACCGAAAGCGGGAACUCCAGCAGAAUAAAGAAAACAAUCAGACGACCCUCUACCAAGACCUGCCGUUCAAAUGGGCCCGAUUGGAUGAGUGCGUGUUUCUCCUUUUUUUUCUUAUUUAAGACACGCGCAAAAAAGCAAAGUUACACACUGCGGGACCAAUUUGGGACGCAUUUGCGAUGGGCAUUGUUGGGAGGGUUUUCACUACAAUUCGAGCCGGGUGAAGGUGCGUGUCAUCCCCUUUGAAGGAGAGGGUCCUUUUUUUUGUAGGACAAUCGCGAAAGGACAUUCGAAGAAUGGAUCGAUAUCCUUACGUGAGAUCGAUUGUAUUGUGCGUCCUUUGAUAAAGCGUGUAAAGGAUCUAGAAGGAUGCAAUUCCUUCUUGGUGAAACUCCUUCUAUCACCCGUUCUAUUUUCCCUUGUGUCGUGUUAGGUUAAGAGGAGUUAUGCUAAAGAAAAAAAAGAAUAAACGCAUAGUCUUGAGGGUCGUGAGAUGGGAAAAUUAAACACAAUUACCUAUACACCCGCUUGCCUUUUGAGACGGUUAUUGAAUGAAAGUAUGCUGCGUGUUUGGAUUGGAAUUCAACAAUGUUGCUUUGUUGUUCGCUCUCCCAGUAUACACGUUUUUGGUGUUGUUGAACAUGGAUCCUUCUAGCAAUUUUUUGGCUUUCCCGUAUCGUGUGAGCGAAACACAAAAGGACACUUUUCGGGCUAUGGUCGCAACCGUUUAC